AUGUCCGAUCCUAGGGUGAAACCUAGGCUCCCCAAAUCGUACACAGAGCAACAGCUUGCUUUUCUGAAGAGCCAUCUCCCUGAAUUCGAACGGAGAAGUCAUGGCUCUGUGCGGGGCGAUGCGAAGAAGUAUGCGUUGGUGCAGGCUCAAAAGUUCAUUGAUACCUAUGGACUACCACAUGAGUUCCAUACUUUAGAAGAGGGGGAUUCGAGGUUUAAAGAGCAAAUCUAUAACUGGUUCAAGAAUACGGUUGGACGGAAUAGGCGCAAGGCGGAGGGCAAGCCGCGGUCGGUAAAGAAGCAGUCUAUUGAGCAGGCUAUCAUUGACAAAUCUGGGGAUAGUUCGACGAGUCUUUCUCCAACUGUAGCAUGGACUUCCAUUCAGGCUCAAGUGACGCCCCAGCCGACGCAACAGCAGCAACAGCAAGCUAGUUUGACGGGGUAUGCGACUCAGCAUGUGGACCAUGCUACGCAUCCGUCGACGAGCUCGAGCCCGGUUAUGACUGCUAGUUCGCAGCAACAGCAACAACAACAACACCAGCAACAGCCUAUCUCUAUUGGCCAGCAACUGGGAUAUGGUGGUAUGGUUCAGGGCCCUUCAAUGGCAAGCCAUUCAAAUACGCCUGGGCCUACACCUCAGCAACCGCAACAGCAGCAAACGCAGCCUGGCACUCAUGCGCAUCCCAUAUCGACACACGCAGUCUCUAUGGCGCCUAUGAACCUCACCCAAAAUAUCACCCAGGACACUCUCCGGGACGCCUUCCUCUCCCCCAACCUCGACCCCUCCAUCCUCGCGCAAAUGAUCCAAUCCUUCGUCCUGAGCCACCCCUCGCAUACCCCGCUCACCCCAGUCGUCGAAGCGCUUUUCGGGGCUACACUCUCUGAAAAUCCACAUACGCUUGUAUCAAGAUUCCAGGAAGCCUCGAGGUAUUUCCCGCCGUCGCUGGUGCAUGCGGGGGCGUGUGGGAGUUUGGCGGCGUCGAGGGCGUUGUUUACGCAGAUUAGGAAGAAUUCGGUGUGGGUGCCUGUGGCGAGUUUGUUGGGUACUUCGACGGGUGGCGGGAGCGGGUUGGUGUCGCCGCAUGGAUAUGGGAGGGGUGCUGCUGGUGUUGGGGUUGGGGUGGGAGUUGGGGUGGGCCCGGCGUCGACUUCUUCAUCGUUGACGGAGGAUAUGCAGAGGAUAGCGGUGGAGAGGCAGAGGAGGAAGGAUCAUAUACAUUGGGCAAGGAUCCAUGCUGCUGCGUUGGAAAGUGGGAUGAUUGGGUUGGGGAGGGAAGGUGGACCUGAUUCGACGGGUGCUUAUACGUAUACCUCUGCGCGUGUGUUUUCAGAGAUGGUGGCGAGGGAUGCGGUGUGGGAGGAUGAUGAAGCUGAGUGGGUUGCGGGGAUUUUUGUGUUGAGGGCUGUGAUUCGGACUGCGAUUAGGGGAGACCGGAGGCAGAGGGAUGAGUAUGCGGAGAUGUUGAGGGUAUAUGAGGGGCGGUGGAAGGAGAUUAAGGACGAGGUUCGGCAGACUAUGGCUACGGAGGUUCUUGUUUCUGCAAAGGAGGAACUGGAUAGAUUGGAUGAGGCUUUGAACUCGUGA